AUGGUUAUUAAUAAAAAAAAUUCCAAUAUUAGAUACAUCAGCUACACAAAUUUCAGAACACCUUCGAUUCCAUGCAAUGCAAUGAAACCAUUCCGAAAACCAAAGCUAUGCCACUUGCAUCAGCUCAUCAGAUUCACAUUCAAUUCUCCACUCUAUCCAUUGAAUCUUCAUCUUCACAAUCACCAAACCAAAUCUCUAUCCACCGAUUCUCAAGACCCAAAAACAACAACCUCACCUCCCAAUCCCAUCGAUGCAGGUUCUUCUAACCGCAAACCCAUCAGUUUAUGGCCUGGGAUGCAUCAUUCCCCAGCCACUCACGCUCUCUGGGAAGCAAGAUCCAUCAUUUUUGAAAAACCAGUUAAUGGCAAUAGUGAUCCCUCUUCAUUUGAUCCAAAAUCUCCUUCACUGAGCAGGACUAGUAUUUUGUAUAAUUUCUCUUCCGAUCUCAUUCUUCGUGAGCAGUAUAGAAACCCCUGGAAUCAUAUUAGGAUGGGGAAGCUUGUCGAGGAUUUUGAUGCUCUUGCUGGAACCAUUGCUUUGAAGCACUGUUGUAAUGAAGAUGGUAGUACAAGGCCCCUUCUAUUGGUUACUGCUGCUGUUGACAAGAUGGUUCUUAAGAAAUCAAUUCAAAUUGAUGCUGAUUUUACUAUUGUUGGUGCUGUUACAUGGGUUGGACGGUCAUCCAUGGAGAUUCAAUUGGAAAUGAUUCAGUCACCACAAGCAGAGAAUCCAAAUAUCUCAAACUCACCUGGAAUUGUAGCUAACUUCACAUUUGUGGCUCGUGAUUCUAAUACGGGAAAGGCAGUCCCAAUCAACCAGAUCACACCUGAAACCGAGAAAGAACGAUUGCUCUGGAAAGAAGCAGAACAGGGAAACAAAUUAAGGAAAAAAAAGAAGGAAGAAAAUAAACACGGAGGGAAUGGAGACAAUGCCAGGCUUGCUGCACUAUUAGCAGAAGGGCGUAUCUUCUCCGAUAUGCCAGCAUUGGCAGACAGAAACAGCAUCCUAAUGAAGGAUACUUACCUACAAAACUCUUUUAUCUGUCAGCCACAACAAAGAAACAUCCAUGGUCGUAUUUUUGGGGGUUUUUUGAUGAGAAGAGCUUUUGAACUUGCCUUUUCAACGGCUUAUGCAUUUGCCGGUGCAGCACCUCAUUUCUUGGAAGUUGAUCAUGUUGAUUUUUUUAAACCUGUGGAUGUUGGAAAUUUUCUUCGUCUCAAAUCAUGUGUUCUGUACACAGAACUUGACAAUCCGGCUAGACCCCUGCUGAAUGUUGAAGUAAUUGCGCAUGUCACAAAGCCUGAACUUCGGUCUAGUGAGGUAUCCAACAGAUUCUAUUUCACAUUUGGUGUUGAUCCUGAUGCUAUUAAAAAUGGAUUAAGGAUCCGAAAUGUUGUUCCUAGUACAGAAGAGGAAGCACAAAAGGUGCUCGAACGCAUGGAUGCUGAGAACUCUUAA